CCUGUCAGAUGGCUCUAAUAGCUUUUGUGGCGACUCCCUUUCCGCGGUCACACAGCAGUGUGUGUGCUCGUCGGCUCUACCGUCUCUCGCCAUCAUGGGGAACAUAUUCCACAGGCUGUUCGGGAACAAGGAGAUGAGGAUCCUCAUGGUGGGUCUGGACGCCGCCGGAAAGACCAGCAUCCUCUACAAGCUGAAGCUGGGAGAGAUCGUGACGACCAUCCCCACCAUCGGGUUCAAUGUGGAGACUGUGGAGUACAAGAGCAUCUCCUUCACCGUGUGGGACGUCGGAGGUCAGGACAAGAUCCGCCCGCUGUGGCGCCAUUACUUCCAGAACACGCAGGGCAUCAUCUUCGUGGUGGACAGUAAUGACCGAGAGCGAAUCCAUGAGGCUCGAGAUGAGUUGACGAGGAUGUUAGGAGAGGACGAACUGCGAGACGCCGCGCUUCUAGUGUUCGCAAACAAACAGGAUCUCCCGAACGCCAUGACGGCGUCAGAGCUGACGGACAAGAUGAGCCUUCACAGCCUGAGGUCCAGGAGCUGGUUCAUCCAGGCCACCUGUGCCAUCUCUGGAGAAGGGCUCUACGAAGGUCUGGACUGGCUGUGCAGUACUCUCAAAACUCGCUGACGUGGAGCCAGCGCUGCUGAAACGUUCACGAAUGAAGUUUCUCUGAAGACGAUGGAGGAUUUUAUUUGAAUUUAGCAUGAAUCAAUUCGGUGUACCAGGUAUUUCGUACCACUUUAAAACCUGUAAUGUCUUUUUUUUCCAUUGAUAUUUUAGCUGCUGGCUGUUGAUCAGUCAGAACAGGUUCUGGGAGGAAUGUCUUCCUGUCAUUCCUCCAUGAAAAUAUUUGCAGAGCUGCCGUCUUGAUUUUCCCUGUUCUGUGUGCUUAAGUUAAUAAAUGAAAUGACUAAAUCA